AUGUCGCGCCGCAGAGAGCCCAGUGAGAGGCGGACAGAGAGAGACAAGAAAACAACGAUAGACAUCGAUGGCACUUUGCUGCUGCCGCCGGAGCUGGUGGCUCAGCUGCAGCAGCAGCUGCAGCAACAGAUGCAGCAGCAGCUGCAGCAGCAGCAGCUGCAACAGCAGCAGCUACUGCAGCAGCAGAUGCUUCAGCACCAGCCCCAGAUGCUCUACGGACCAAUGGUCCACUGUAUAGCACCACAGCCGCAUCAUAUCCCCUGUCUGCUGCUGCCUAAGCCAGCAGACGCAGGGGCAGCAGCAGCAGCAGCGGCAGCAGCAGCAGCAGCUGCUGCUGCUGCUGCUGGGGCCCCGCAGCCUGUGUAUCAGGUGUAUGGACAGCCAGCAGCAGCAGCAGCAGCAGCAGCACCGAACACAACCGUAUGCAAUGAAGUGCAGCAGCAGCCAGCAGCAGUAGCUGCUCCCCAGCAGCAGCAGCAGCAGAGACAGUACAUCAUACCGCAGCAGCUGCAGCAGCAGCAGCAGCAGCAGCUGCAGCAGCAGCAGCAGCCAGUGCAGUAUAUCCUACAACACCCGCAGCAAACACUGCUGCUGCAGCAGCCUAUGAUGCUGCCGCAGCAGGCAGCAGCAAUUCAGCAGCAGGGCCUUGGGCCUGUCUAUGCCUUGCCGCAGCAGCAGCAAGUGCUGCUGCCUGCAGCAGCAACAGCAGCAGCAGCACCAGCAGCAGCAGCAGCAGAGAUUGAGCCUGUGUAUCAGGUGUAUGGACAGCCAGCAGCAGCAGCAGCAGCACCAAACACAACCGUAUGCAAUGAAGUGCAGCAGCAGCCAGCAGCAGUAGCUGCUCCCCAGCAGCAGCAGCAGCAGAGACAGUACAUAAUACCGCAGCAGCUGCAGCAGCAGCAGCAGCAGCUGCAGCAGCAGCAGCAGCAGCAGCCAGUGCAGUAUAUCUUACAACACCCGCAGCAAACACUGCUGCUGCAGCAGCCUAUGAUGCUCGCAGCAGCAGCAGCAGCAGCAGCAGGAUAUCCAGCAGCAGUUGCUGCUGGGCAGCAGCCAACGAUGGUCAUCAGCGGGGGGGGGGGCUCUGUUGUGCUGCAGCUGCAGCAGCCGCCUCUCUUCCGCCGCGCCCCACAGCAGCAGCAGCAGCAGCAGCAGCAGCAGCAGCAGCAGCACCACCCCAGUCGUUUCUGCGGCAUGUGGAUGUGA